CCCACCCAUCCAGCACCACCGCCGCCGCCACUUCGGUUCUGUAAAGCCGAGCUGCACGACCUGCACCUCUGCAGCAGCAGUUAUGCACAGCUCCUGCCGCUCCGGAGUCGCGUUCAACACAGCAGAACCCGCCGCAGGCUCCGAGCUGCGUCCCCGCCGGCUGUUGGCUGUCGUCAGUGGUGAUGAACCCACGGAGCGGGAGGCUGCCUGCUGCCGUCUCUUCGCUUGGUUGAAAUGAAACGACAUGGCUGUGGCGCCUCCGUCUCGAGCAACGUACGCGGCUCGGCGCGCGACCCCUGGAAACCAUAGGCAGCUGUGAGCGCGAGGAGCGAAUCACCUGAAUGAGAGACGCGAGUGGGGUUGGGUGGCCAUGGACCCAUUCAGCCAGCUUAUCCUCACCAUCUCGGUGGUCAGCUUCUUCACCUUCCAGUGGCUCUUCCACAGAGUCAGCCCCUGGGUGUCCGUGCGCAUCAGCCCCGGCUUCUUGGGCCUCGGCGACAAGCAGAAGGUGGAGUGGAACUCCAGGACCGUGUCAACGUUCCAUGCACUGUUGGUGGGAAUUUUCUGUCUCUACAUCUUAUUCUUUGAUGACGCCGUCAAUGAAGAUCCAGUGUGGGGAGAUCCUACACUGGUGAAGACUAAUGUUGCAAUCACAACAGGCUACCUCAUAUCAGAUCUGCUGCUUAUAUUUUACUAUUGGAAGGCGAUAGGGGACAAGUUUUUUGUAGUUCACCAUCUGGCAGCACUGUAUGCUUACUACUAUGUACUGGGCCAAGGAAUGUUGCCUUAUUUUGCUAACUUCCGUCUGCUCGCUGAGUUUUCCACACCAUGUGUGAACCAGCGUUGGUUCUUUGAGGUACUAGGAUAUCCCAAGUCAUCCCGGCCCAAUAUGGCAAACGGGGUUGCCAUGGCGGUCGUCUUUUUCGUGGUCCGCAUCGCCGUCAUGCCGGUGUACUACAGUCGCAUGUACGCCGUGUACGGCACCGAGGCCUUCUACCUGGUGCCCUGGGGGGGCCGCGUGGCCUGGAUCGGCUCCAGCAUCUGCUUGGACGUCAUGAACAUCAUGUGGAUGCAUAAGAUCACGCGCGGCUGCUACAAGGUGCUGCGUUCGGCGCGCCGCAGCAAAGCCCCGGCGCCCCAGGAGAACGGGAAGACGGACUAACAGCGCCGGGAUGUCAGUGGUUUGGAGGAGGGAAAAAAAAAAAACUGCAACAAAAGAGACAAAUGUCUCAGUGCACUGCCAGUAGCAGUUUGGACCCCUCAGGUUGCUACCAAGGCAGCGAAGCAGGACCUAACCCUGCAGGACCGAAUGUAACGAGGACAUUUUGCUUUUUUUUUUUUUUUCUCUAUUUUUUUGUGUGUGCGCAAAAAGCAGAGUCUCUUAGAUGGACUUGCGGACCAGUGAAGUGGUCGUACCUUAGCCAUGAUAAGACUUUCAAGCAAUACUUUACGUGCAUGGCCAAUUUAUUUCUCCUGAACAAUUCACAAACACAGAACAGAUCCUCCAUCAACAAAAAAGGGACUGUUAACCCCGACUAAAAAAAAACAACAACAAAAAAACAAUGUCAAAAAAGUUUACCGUUUAUUUUUAUUUUUUUUAUGCUUCUUGCUCAACAGCAGGUUUCGUGUUGUUUUGAACGCUGCCGGUCUAGCAGCAAGUUGCGAGUUCACCUUUGUGACAAAGCCCAAGGUCGUCCGGCUGCUCAGCAGCGAUGCUCGUCGUGUCGUGGAGUUCGUUUGCCAGAUGCUCGUGGGAGAAAAUAGAGACGCAGAGCGGACGGGCUGCAUUCACAGACAGCGGUAGGUAUGCAUUUCAGCUCUCAUCUCGGUUACCUUUGCAUGGGUAUUAAAACGAGCAGGUCGGUUGAAAGAGCAUCCGCCCUCUGCUGGUAAUUAGUCCGUUUUGUCUUGCUGGUGUCAGGGCAAAUCGACUUGAUAGAAAACACUUAUCUUAACUGCGAUGUGAAAGGUGAAUGAUUUUGUAACGCACUUUUUGGGAACGCUAAAAAGGGAAACUUAGCAGUGGACGGCUGUGUUUUGCACAGUACUGAGAGCGCCGUGAUGGGUUGAGUCCAAUGACGCAUAAAGCCCGCCUGAUAUCACUCAGAAGGAAGGGGGAACUAUUGCACUGCUUGCUUAAAGUUUUUUAAAAGUAAAGACAUUAUGAUAAAGAGUAUAAUUUAAAACAAAAAAACAGAUUUGUUUAGGGCUUUGGCAUCCUUCUACUUGCUGCCCUAUUUUGAUAACAUUUUAUAUUUUUAUCAUUUUUUGACACAAACUGUUGAUUUCACCCUACAGCAACGUUUCUCAACCAACAACAAACUAUUGUUUUUUUUUUUGUUUGUUUGUUUGUUUUACAUGAUGGAAUUAAAAAUUCUGGUAGCAAAUUCAGCAAAUGAUUUGAUCAUUUGUUACACGGUUUUAUUUGGAUAAAGGAAAAUUGUAAUCAGUGUUCUCUACAGUAGGAGCUUUAAACUUCUUUUUUUCUUUUGACCCACAAAGCUCUUAGCUUGAUUUGUACUUUGCCGGGAUACAUAAAAUGUUCCUUUCUUUUAUGUGUUCUUUUUAACUGAUCCAAGAUUGUUUUUUGUUUUUUUUAAUGCACAAAAAUAUGUGGAAUGGUGGUAUAGCUGUCGUGCCUGUCGUCAAUCUGCUAAUAUAAAAUAGAUAAAUUAAAAGCAGCUCAGCACUUGGAGAGGAACGGGAGCGGUUCUGAGUCGCUGGGUGUAACGUGUCAUCGGCUCAAAUUAAGGUUUCAGCCCACUUUUGGUUUUUCAGUACGCACUUGAAUUUCAAUGAGCUGUAGAGGGGAAAAAGCUCCCGUCAGAUGUUUAGAAAUACGGAUUGUAAACCUGUUUAAUUAUGCCUUGCUGUUUUGAGUGUUUGAUUAUUUUAUUUCAUUUUUUUUUGCCUUGUUCAGAACAACCGAUAAUUGAACAGUGAAUAUUUUCUGACGCUGAACAGAGAAGUGUGUUGUCUCUCGGUGAUUAAAACCACCACCUUCCCAAGUCUGACGCCCGUCUAAUGUGAUGGCUUUGCCUUUGUUCUGUUGUUGUACUUUUUCAACAAAACUUAAUAGUGGCAGGGGCUUCUUUUCACUUGUUUUUUUUUUUUCUUUGUUACUUUUUCCUACAUAAUUUUGUUGUAUGGGUGUGGAGUUUGUUUGUUGUAUUUUCCCUGAAGUUCGUUCUCUUUGCAUGAUGUGACCUUUCACAGUAUGUAAAGCAUUUGAUAUAUAUAUAUAUAGAUUUUUUUUUUUAUAUAAUUUUCUUUUAAUCUGGCAUUUUUACAACCGUGCGAAACGCCUCCACGGUUUAUUACUGGCAAAGCAGUCCCACGGAUUUUGGGGGUGCUGAAUGUGCUGGAUGUCAUCUUCAGUAGAAGAAUCGUUAAAAAAAAAAAAAAAAAAAAAAAAAGGAAGGAAGAAUGUGUCGACUGCUAAUUUUUUUCACUCGGGUUCAGCGGGAAACAGCAGCAAUUUCUGAAUGGAAACAGGGUGAACCACGUGUGCUCAAUAUGGCCGUCUUCAUGCACCUUCUCUUAACUGCAUGCGGUUUUGCAUGGGGAUUGCAUUGUAAACAAAUAUGCAUAUACAUUUGUGAAGACCAGUUUUGUUCCUUUUUUUUUUUUCUUAUUACAUGUAGAUAACGUUUACUUAAACUUUAUUCUUGUACUGUGCCACAAAAUGUCGUCCACAGGAAAUGAUGAUAAGGAUGCGACGCUAACGCGAACAAGUUAUUUAGACCAGUAUCCAGCACAGAAAAUACAGCAAGGGAAUACUUGAAAAUAAGCAGCACAGUUUAUAACGACCUGGGCAGUGCAAAUAAACACGAAUCUUACAAAGAUCUUGCGUAAUAUGUGUUGCAUUGUUUUGAAGUUAUUAUUCCGACGGGCGUUGGCAUGGAACGGCGGCGCAUUAACAGCGGGGAAGCUGUUGCUCCUAGCAACUGUGAAUUGUUGGGUGUUUUUUUUUUCUUUUAAAAUGGCUUUUAAGGAAAGUAUUGGAGCAGAUGGAGUAUUUUGUGACAUUCUAUGAAUGUACUGCAGAUAGAAAUUUGUCAGUCACAUUUUCAUUUAUUCUUGAAAAUAAAAAGUAAAUUAACUCGA